AUGGGAACCGGUCCACGCAGUCAGUCCUUUCGAGGACAGAGGUCCUCCUAUGGGAAGCUCCUGGAGCCCGGAGGGAGGCCCCUCAAUGGCCAGCUUCGCCGGGCACUGAGCCUCAGACAAGGCCGAGAGAAGUCCAGAACCCAGGGUCUUGAUGGCCACAUGAAAGGACUGGAUGCCCCUGCUCCUGAGCAGCUGCCUGGGAGCCCGGGGGACACAGAGCAGCUGAUUCAAGCCAAGCGUGGAGGCAGCCGGCAGUGGCUGAGGCAGUAUCAGCAGCAGGUGAGGAGACGGUGGGACAGCUUUGUUGCCAGCUUCCCCAGCGUGACCCUGAGUCGGCCAGCAUCCCCAGAACCCCUACUGAGCACCACCGCCAGCUAG